AUGUCUGGCACUCAGGAUCUAGCAUUCGGUCAAGGGCCUCCUUAUCCCCCUCGCGAGGUAGCGCUUGGUGGUACGCCCAGUGUGGAACCCGAUGUCCCGAUCUCGGUCAUUUUCUUUGUGCUGUACCUCAUUUUUGGUGUCGUCCACAUUGUAAUCUUCAAGAAGAACAAGCAGCGUGGACACAAAUUCGUCUUCAAUGGCGCAAUACUGGGACUGUGCAAGAUUCGACUGAUCACGAUGACUUUGCGCAUAGCCUGGGCUUGCUAUCCUGGAAACACCGGCCUAGCAAUGGCAGCAAACAUAUUCGUCUACGUGGGAACCAUCAUCUUGUACAUGGCAAACUGGUUCUUCGUCCAGCGCAUCGUCCGCGCACAACAUGCACGUCUCGGAUGGUCUACUCCGUAUCGCGUCUUUCAUCGCGCUGCUCUCGUGUGCUUGAUCGUCACUCUGAUUAUACUCAUCGUAUCGCAGGUUUCCCGCAACUUUACUUUGAAUGAGGAAAGAUUGGACACUUUUCGCGCGUUGUUUCUUGCAAGUCAGACAUACUUUGCCAUCUUUUGCUUCGCCCCGGUUAUUCUGAUAGCCACGUCUCUUAUCAUUCCUCGCAUGGAAGUCGAGAAAUUCGGAGCUGGCAGACUCAGGGUCAACAUAGCCGUUCUACUUAUCGCUGUGAUGAUACUCUUGACGGGACAGAUCUUCCGCUGUGUCCUGGCUUGGAUCCCACAGACAGCGUUGCUCGACCUGAGUGGAACCAACACAUUGCCAUGGUAUCUGUCCAAAGCAUGUUUCUAUAUCUUUAACUUCGUCACUGAAAUGGCGGUCGUCAUUAUAUAUGCUGUUACACGUGUCGAUCUGCGAUUCCACAUCCCAAACGGUGCGAGGAGGCCAGGCGAUUACUCGGGCAGGCGCGUCGAUUCCAAUAGGCCUGAGAGUGCAAAAGGCCUCGCAGAAUCCGGUGAUACUGCGUGCCCACCCAUGAUCCAUCAAAGCGAUUCCAGCCAGACCCUACAUCAAUAUCAAUCGUCAGUUUUCGAGGAGGCGAAAACACUGGCCGAUUCGCUGCGCUACCCUUCAUCGAUACUAGAGGUGGACCAGAAGACAGGAAGCUGGAAAAUCAGACGGCAAUCUAGCGGAUCUUCUAGUACUCACACCAGUAUUUCCUAUGCGCCCUCGUCCAGGACAACCCUCAACGACCGCAGGACAAUUGGCGAGGACAUUCCUCCUGUUCCUGAAAUACCAGCCGAAUGGCCAUUACCAGACGCUGCACCACCUCGCGGAUCCGGCGCCGUUCUCGAACAUCAGAACCCGACGUCCCGCAGAGGCACCCCAAAAGAUACAUCUGAGGUUGGCAGUCCUGAACUCAACGACGUCGACAUCGGCAACGCAGUUACAGAUGCCCUAGCGACACUCGAGAUGAACAGUGAAGAGAAAACAGCCAUGUCACCAAAACCGCCAAAGACAUUGCCACCACGGUUCAGUUGUGAAUUUCCCGUUUCCCCAGUAUCGCCUCUGCAAACACACAACCCCACUCUUCCCAUCAUCGAUGAUACCUUGCCAACCUGCACUCGCAGCAGACGCAACACAUACCCGCUCACCGAUACUCCGCCGCAGCAUGAGAACGUCAGCACGCGUGCGAGUUUGAGCGCAGCGAGUGAAGUCUCAGCUUCGGGCACGGUAGCUAGAAAGAGCUCGUCAAGGUACAGUGAUGACACAGAAAGUAGUGUUGAUGGGGAGAAAGAUAUGGUGGAUGAGGAGUUUGGGCGAUUUAGCUAUGAGGCUGCAUCUAGUGAUAGAAACGGAGAAUGA